GCAUCAGCUUGGCGAGAUACGCUGCUAAUUCGAUGAGGAAGUCUUCCGUUGAGUCGUCCAAUCGAUUCAAAGGCUCGUUCGUUUUGUAUCGGGAUCCUGAAUACGCUAAUGUAUGCUUCUGGUAUUUGCCUCCCUCUCUAUCGCACUUGAAGCCUUUGGAAGGACUGAAUGCCGAGGAUGCUGUUGAGCUCACGAAGGUCACACCUUAUAUCAAAGACAAGAUGCAACGGGAUGGCCUCGCUAUGAUUACCUUCACUGGGCCAUACAACUUUUUCCGAUGGACUUUCACUUCGCCACGAAAUGUUAGUUAUGAUGAUGUUGAUAUAGUGAUGGGCGAGAUUGACCGAGUCGGCCAAGAUUUCGUCAGUUCUGCAUAA